GGCAAACAUUUUAACAACGCACACUUUGCUUUGUCCAUUUGUAUCCUUUACCAACCAGAAGACAUUCCCAUAAUUCUCGAUUUAUGGACAACCUGGCAACAACACGAUCGGCGACUGUCAAAAUGCAAACUGACAUUGUUGUCGUGUUAACGUGCAGGAGGUGGGGGGCAGGUAAGAGGAAACAGCAGGCAACUUACCGUCUCGUCUCGUCGGCCAUUGGAAACCAGCUGAUUUGAGUUGACUGAUAAAAUGUUCCGGUUUUUCAGCGUGUUUUCGGCCGGAAAAGUGAUCGAAAACUGUCGGUUGGGUGCGGGAAUCCAGUGAGGUGGUGCCGAGCACCCAUACGACUAUGGACCGGGAACAAUGGUCGCCCGAUUACCCACAAUCUGCGAGACGAGCUGAUAUGGAGAGUACCAGCAGUACCGGGGAUGCGGAAUCGCAGACGGCGGCCCUGCAGCCCGACCAAAUCAAAGAGGAUCCGGAUGGCAAACCGCCCUUUGUCCACGUGAAGAGCGAGUUUGGGCCCGGUAGUGUUGCAAUUAGUGACAAACCCCGACAAACCAUCCAGCUGAUUCUGGCAAAUAUCAAAACGCUCUCCCAGAACGACAAAUAUCUUCUGUACCUAAAGUUGCCGUCGGAAAUCAGCGACAUAAUCGACCCAUUCCGACAGCCGCUCAACCCGCUAGGCAGCCGGUCCGAGAUUUGCCGCACUAUCGUUUGGAUCAGAACGCACUUGGAGGAGGAUCAGAACAUCUCCCUGCCAAAAAAGGAGGUCUACAAUGAGUAUGAGCAAUAUUGUGACAAAAACCACAUUAAACCUCUGUCACAAGCCGAUUUUGGCAAAGUGAUGAAGCAAGUGUUUCCGAAAGUGCGAGCGCGUCGAUUAGGGCAGCGCGGCAACUCCAAGUACUGCUAUUCGGGGCUGCGCCGCCGGAUUAGCCUCGAGCCCCCUUCACUGCCGGACAUUGUCGAUAAUCCCCUGUCGACUGAAAACUCCAUCACCCAAUCCAGUGUAUCGGCCGCCUGGCUAGUGAUUAAGGACUGGGCGCAGCAACAGUUGGGCGUCCAAUUCACAUCGCUGCAAUCUCUGGCCCAUUAUCUGUCCAGGAAUUGCUUUGUGGGCUCGGAAGCUCCCAGUAAGGUCUCCGCAAAUGGCGAUAGUCACUCGAAAGGUGAGGAGCCAGUAGGUGGGAAAGGGGUGAAUAAGCACCGCGAAAUGCAGCUGCAGCUACAGAAGAAGAUCCAGCAAAGGAACGAGGGCAAGGAGCGGAAACGUAAGCUUCAGACUCCCAAGCCCGAAUCAAAGCCGGUAGCUAAAAAGUGUCGCUCGCACAGCGUGCCAGCUUCCGCUAUUGCGUCAGCGCUGACGCAAGAAUCCGCCCUAUUGGGGACCGGAUGCUUGACUAGCGGCGAAUGCAGCACAGCGAGCAGCAGUUGCGGCAGCAACAGCGUCAGCCCCACUCAGCAGAGCCGAAUCAUCUGUGAUCAACCAGAGUUCACCCAACUGACGGCGUUACCUGACUUUAAAAGUUUCCAGAAACCGGUGACUGAAGGAGUCGCUGGCGCAGUAGUGCCAGACAAGGUGGCUCCGACUGGGACCAAAGUUGCGAUUCCACGACUACAGCCUCAGACGCCGUCCAAAGCGGCCGGCCAGGUGAAAGCGACGCCUCCCCAUAAGGCCAAGUACAAAUCGAUCCAGCCCAGACUGCAACCAUGUGAUAUUGCGACGUACAACGCGGCCGCCGUGCCUGUCGCACUCGCCGAACCUCGAUCUCAACUUGUGCAGAAUGAACAAGACAAGCCUGUUAAUGAUAAGAUUAUGGAUAAAUGUGCAGAUAAUUUGAAUGAAUGCGGCGGCGAUGACGAGGACGACUUUCCGUUGACUCGUGAGCGCCUGGACAGCGUCAGCAACGUGGAAAAGGAUGCGAUGGACGAAUACUUAGGCACUAACAAUAGUCAACACGAAGAAGAGCUGUCCAAAUAUUUCCACACCAACGGUGAUUCGGCCGAGAUUCCUGCCCCCGAUCUGGACCAAACGAGCAAGUUGUCCACGCUGCGGCAACUGCUGGAGCAAAAUGGCAUAUCGGAAAAGCGCGCGCUGGCCUCCAUUCUGCCCGAGCCGGCGCCGCCCUUUCCCAGCUUGCCGCCCUUCCUGCAGACAUUACCCAGCAGUCGGCGUCGCGUAAGCUUCGAGACGCCCCUGGCCGAGGACGCGGUGCCGCCCAGUCCGAGCGCUCAAAACAAGAAUUUCAGUUUCACCCCAAUCUCGCCAGGGCCGCACUCGCCCACCCAGUCCAAAUGUUCCAGCACCAGCGCCAGUCCAUUUGUUAGUCCACGGAACACGCCGCUGCCGCGGGCGAAAAACAAUGCUGUUGCCAGCAUUCUGUUGGCCUCAGAUUCGCGCAAGCGGGUCAAAGUGAAAAAGGAGCUGGAGCUGAGCUUGGACAUGAAAACGGAUGGGGCGGUGAAGAGCUACAUGGCAAUGUCGGCGCCGGUCAGCCCCAUGCUGGCUUCCGGCAAGUGCAACUUGCUGCAGAAGCUGCUGAACGCCAGCAGCAAGGUUCAGUACACGCCCGAGUAUGCACAGCCCGGACCGGGAGAAGACGCGCAGUUUUUUCCGCCGGAUGCUCUGAACCGAUCGCAGUCGGUUCCGCUCAGUCAGAUGCAGGCGGCUUUGGACGGCCAGAUGAUCAGCAGCCUGCCGGAAAGCGCCGUUAACGUGAAGAGCUUGCUGAACACGUUGGGCAACGAGGGCCAACUUUGUGAUAACAACAACAUCGACACCUUCAACUUGGACAUGUCCAGCAACAACCAGUGCCUGAUGGAGUACGGCUUGAACCUGAUCAAUACAUGCGGAGAAUCGGAGUUUUCGCAGUUCGGGCACAAAUUGGGCGCGCGAAAUAUCACCCGUUCGCACAGCAUGGACGUGGACAGCAGCGGCGGCUUCGACGUGAACAAGUGCAGAUCGACGCAAAUGCCGUUCACCCCGACGCUGAAAGCGCCCGCCAAUCGAACAGCGAACAAAAACUUCCUGGCCAACUCCCGGUCGUACCCGUCGACGCCCCUGAACUCCACCGAAACUUUCAUCUUUCAUCAUCAAGUGAGCUCGGACUGUUUGAUCAACGGCUCCGAAUCGACGACAGAAACUCUCGAUUUCAUUCCCACCUUUGAGAUCGACAGCUCAGACACUGGCGUUGGUCAAAUGGACGGCAGCUUUGGCUUGAUGGAUGACAACGGCAUCUUGAUACAGCAGGGUUUUAACGGUAAUAUCAACUAGUUACUAAGGGCUCAUUAGACAGUGGCAACUUCAGUUCGUCCCAGCCACGUCGAUUCAUUGAUUAUUCAAGUCUUUACAAGGGUUGUCUGUGAUAAAUUUUUAUUUGUUUUUUGAAUAUUAGGAUUAUGGUAGUUGUUGUUUUUUAAAUUUGCGCCAUUGAAACGACCACGACGCGAAACAGUCCCAAACGAAACGUGGGGAGCGGAAAGUUUGCUGAUUGGUUCCGGUCAUUAACCCGAAAGAAUGGAACUUGAAAUUUUCUAGCUUCUAGCUGUUUUUGGUAUUCGAUGGCAACCUUCACGAUCCGACACUAAUCGGCAUUCUUACAUGGUUCCCCAUCAAGAGUUUGGCCGCGAUUGGGUUGUUUAGGUGUCGCUUCCAAGCAUCUAUUUUACACUGGGUUUGGUCACUUUUCCUUAGUCUCCCGGUGAAAUUUAUAUUGAGAACUCGGAAAUUAGAUGCUUGGAACGGCCCGUUUACUUCACAGUUUUCCGAUUGAGACUGUCGGGGGUUUCAAUGGAUUCAGAGCUUUUAAUGCAAAAUGGUUGUUCAAUCAACGUCAAAAUUUCUAUUGUACAUACCUUGUUAUCGUUUUGUUUUUUUAUUAUUAUUAUUAUGCCUCAAUUGUACAAUAAUUAUGGUUCGGCCCCAAUUGUGAUACAGACCAUUGUAAUUUGAUCAAUUUUUAUACUUGCUGUGCCUGGAAAACCGUUGUAAAGUUUUCUUUUUCUAUAUCGGGACUGGUUUCUAGUUUGAUUUAACUUAUGCAACUGUCGGCUGUCAGUUGAUUUGUUGAUCACCAGCAAUGUUGUCAAGUUGACCGCCGUCAAACUAUACAACAAACAGCAAGAGUAGACCUUGCACACUAAACCAACAAUUAUACUUAUGCCCUUUUGAACGUGGUAGCCUUAAGAAUUAUUAUACAGGUGAAUAUUUGUCUUGGGGUAUUGUGAUAUAGGGCCCUCUCACGGGCUAUUUUCAGACAGUCGAACCCUCUGCAUUAACUUUUUUUGUGUUUUGGACUAUCGGCUCGAAGAAAUGUUUAUUUACAAUACAUAUCGCCUUAUAGUGAUGAACAAACCUACCAGACCAGCAAGGCCCUUUGUCGGAAAUUGCUGUUAGCUGUAGGUGCGCGCUAGUAAGUGGUAUAGAUUUGUCAAGGCUCGUAAUAAAAGUAAGAUGUGAUAGUAUAGUUAUAAGUCAGUAGAGAAGGGGGCAUUUUCUUUGUAAAACUGGCAGCAACGCUUGGUACCACCACCGUUGCACCCGAUUGGUGGGCAGCGGGAGUUGCCGAUGUAAACGAAGCUUACGCGAUUGGUCCACAGGCCUGACCCUAAUUUUCUCGUCAUGCGCAAACAGAAAUUGAACUUUUCAAAUCGAUUUAUCACGUGCCUCGAAGCACCUGAAAUUUCCCUUUGAUUUUAUUUGGUGAAAAUGCUUAUCCGGAUAUCGAGGAUUUUCCUUUGUACUUUCUAUUUUUUUUUAAUACCGAUUUUUAAUUGAUUAUCCGGUUUUUUCACCAACUCUUCAAGGUUUUUCAUGGUUUUUGUGGAAAACUUUUGUAUUCCAAUAAAUGUAAGUGUCAUUUUUCAAUCAGAAGCGAUGAUAAUAAACAAGCACUUUCCUUCACUGUUCAUUUGUUUUAAAACUGCUUCUUAUGAAGCACUUUUGCUUCUUUAGUAAGGAAAGUCAUUACUGUCAAUCGCCGUCUUGCAUCGAAAACUACUAUUUAUCCCUACAUAGGUAAAAAUAAGCGCACCACUGGAUUCAGCCACAACACAUGAAAAAAUAUACAAUUUAAAAGAAAGUUGAACCAUUAUGGUAGUUACUGGCCAAUUUAUUUUCUUUUUUCACGAUUUUUUGUUUUCCGAGGAUUUUUGCUUAAAACUAUUAUUAAGGUCCGGCCUAUUGGUCAAGCGAUGAUUGAUUGAUGUGUGUCCUUGUCAAUUUACACGGUGGUUCAAACAUAUUACUUGUUUUCGGUUCAUUCCGUUUUCUGGUACUGCGUAAGUACACGAGUUUUUAACUCCCAGAGGGUCGGGCGGAUCCUCUCUAAGGUUCAUCUAACCGCACGUUCUGUCCCCGAUGAGGGAUCGGAACAUUGGCCUACUGCCUCUACAAUUAAUAUCUGUUAGUGUUUAUUAAUGAUCUCUUUUGUAUGAUUUGCCAAAUAAUGAAAAAAAGAAACAAGCAAACAAAUGAAUGUGUAGUUUUUUGCUUUUUGGCAGAAUAUAAUAAUAUAAUUAUGGUACUGUAAUCGAUAUAGUGAGGAAAGGGAGGAGGAGUGUGAAAAUGAAUCGCCGACGAAGUCUGAAUAUAAAAUUAUUGGUCUAAGCUCAGAUAAUGGUGGGGCAGAGUUGUUAUUUUCAAAAAGUACAAAUUUAUUUUACAAAAUGAAUUGCAACUUAAUAGAUCAGAUGUUUGGUGUACUAUUUGUAUCUAUAUGAACAAUAAAAUAUAUUCGUAU